AAAAAAGGCGUAUAAAACAAAAACUAUAAACACAGUUACUCACCAAUCAUCAACGACUCAGCUGAUCUUUUGUUUUCAAUCGAAGUCAAGAAUAACGGUAAUUGUAGUAUACACUAUUGUUUUUGUUCCUAUGGCGCAUCAGGAGACAAUGACCUCCAAAAAGGUGUCAUUCACAAAGGAAAUGCGCUUGGCCACGCGUGACAUUCACAACGUAAGCGAUGCAUUGGUUAAUGCGAAGCUGGCUUUUGCUCUUUAUGACAGUGCCGUAUGGGCGGAGGGUCUGCUGAUCUUCUACGAAAUAUUCAAAUACCUGGAGGAAAAUGUGUCGCAUGAUUUCCUCCCAGAGGAAUACCACAGAACGCAACAGUUUGAAGAGGAUCUUAACUUCUAUCUGGGCGACAACUGGAAGGUCAAGUAUCAGCCCCGGAAGGAGGUAUGCGAUUAUCUGAAGCAUCUCGAAGAGAUCAAACGAGAAAAUCCGAACCUAUUGGUGGCGUAUGUCUACCAUCUAUACAUGGGACUAUUGUCCGGAGGGCAGAUUCUGCAGAAAAGAAGAAACAUUAGCAAGAGAUUUAACCCGUUUGCUGGUAAUGGAAGUGGAAAAGGCGCAUCUUUGACGACGUUUGAAGGAAAUAGUAUCUACGACUUGAAGCAAAAGAUGAAGAAAACUAUCGACCAGUUUGGGGAUAGUUUGGACGAAGGCACCAGAAAGCAGAUGAUAGAAGAAAGUAGGAAAGUAUUCGAAAUGAACAAUGAAGUCAUUAAAACUGUAAAGGGGGUGAAUCGAGCAAAUGUAAAAUCUUUAUUUUAUAUUUUGAUUUUGAUUGGUUUUUACAUAAUUCUGAAACAAAUAAUUUUUAAAUAAUGUUUUAAAAAUGUAGAGAACUGCAUUGUAUACAUAUGUGAUAAUGUUCAAUUUAUUAAGUUCUGUUUGCAAUACGUUAGAAGUAGUACAUGUAUAAAAACUGUGUGCAUAAGCCAUAAGACAACUUUAUAAUACUUUGAGUAUUUAAA